GCUGUACGGAGUAUCCGUACUACGGGCAGCAUACAUACUUGGGUCCUUUCCCUUGCCAUUUCUUCAACGCGCGAUUACCCCCCCGUGGAAUUUCUUCAGCUCGUAUUCCCAGCCCAGCUGCAACGCCCGGCCUCACCAGUUCCUGUUCACCCCCGAAUCAGCCGUUCAGUCAGGUCGUCGUUCCGCUUGGCUGCUCUCUCCGGAACGAAGGAAAAGAAAGGGAAGAGACGACAAGUGAGAGAGAGGAAAAAAAAGAUACAAGGCCGUCCCCCCUUCGCCGCACCCAUCUAAGAAGGUAUUCGCCCGUCGGCCUUUCGUUCCUUCCCAUCGGCCUGCACUGACCCUCAGGCCCGUUUCUUUCCAGCUGCAUCUUUCUCCUCCACUACGGAUACUGCUACGGAGUAAGGUACCUUGCAGUUGUACAUUUGCAAUCCAAUCGCCAACAGCUUUAAGCUCACUGUCGUCGUCCACCACACAUCCCACGACCACCACAACUUUCUUCCUCCUCUCCUCUUCCUCAUCACCUUUCCAUUCUUUCCACUUCCUCCCGACAUAUCCGCCAUUACUCACUCACUCCGCAUUCCCUUUUUGAGGUCAUAUCUCCACUCAGCGCAGAAAAGGAGAUAAACGGAUCAAUCCCACGGCACCCACCUCGUCAAACACCCAAACAUUGUUUACUGGCACAAUCCCAUUUGUCGCCCUUUUCCGCCCCCCGACGCUUGCUACCUGCUCCCACCCCGAUACGACCCUGCGACGUACGGAUCCCAAAAAGACGAACCCACCGAUCGCCACUAUCGACGACUUCGUCCAACACCCUCGACUCGCAGCACCCACGAUAUUUUCUUGGGCCUCGUCUCGAUCUUUUCGACGCCGCAGUGCUCGACGUCGAAAAUCGACUCGGACGAACCAAACCUCAAUCCCCGCUCGUCAAUUGACCUCGGGACGCCUAUCCUCUUUCCCCCCGACGAUCCUCUCGCCCGAUUCUCAGCCACAACCACAACCGCAGCCAUGGCAGCAGCAAAUCCCACCAACGUUAUUCGGAGGAAACUCGUCAUUGUAGGGGACGGUGCUUGCGGAAAGACUAGUUUGCUUAGCGUCUUCACACUUGGAUAUUUCCCUACCCACUACAUUCCUACCGUCUUCGAGAACUACGUCACAGAUUGCAGAGUAGAUGGAAAGUCGGUGCAGCUUGCGCUAUGGGAUACCGCCGGACAGGAGGACUACGAGCGGCUACGUCCACUCGCCUAUUCCAAGGCGCACGUCAUCCUAGUCGGCUUCUCCAUCGACACGCCCGAUUCACUCGACAACGUCAAGCACAAGUGGGUGGAAGAGGUUACCCGACUCUGCGAAGGCGUCCCCAUCAUCCUCGUCGGAUUGAAGAAGGAUCUCCGCGAAGAUCCCGUAGCGAUUGAGGAAAUGCGAAAGAAGUCGAUGCGCUUUGUCACACACCAAGAGGGCGACGCUGCCGCCAAGGAAAUCGGCGCUCGGAAAUACCUCGAAUGCUCCAGUUUGAGCGGCGAGGGUGUGGACGAUGUCUUUGAGGCUGCCACUCGCGCCGCCUUGUUGACGUUUGAGAAGGGUGAGGGAGGCGGCUGCUGCGUCAUUCUGUGACGGAAGCAAAGCCCCUAUCCAUCCAUCCAUCAUUCACUAUUCUGCCUUUUCGACCGACAAUGGGUGCAGGCACGACGCAAGCGAGCCGAGGAAAUCCUGGGCGAAAUUUUGCUGGAGAGAUCAGGCUGGAUCACAGAACCAUGAGAAUGCGGGCUACUUACCGUAUGUGAACAUCACGCCGGGUCCGAUCCAAGAAGCACAGGAUCACCUGAGCCAGCUCCCACAAACAUCGUUGGGCAGCUGGCUUGCCCAAAAAGGGCCCUAAACACGCCUGGGUGAAUGUCACUUGAUCGGUACCUAAAACUCUCAGCAAGCUCGCCUGGUUCACACAUUUCUCACAGCUCUCGCGAAAAAGCAUGCGAGUUCAACUUUAAUCCUCUCUCUCUCUCUUUUCAUCUUCCCCUCAAGCGGCGUUACAAACAGCAGGAACAGCGCAAAACACUCAGCGGAAACGUUAUUUAUGGAAAAAAAAAAAUCUAAGGGACUAACCCUUAUUUUUCUUUCCAUUGUCUGUAUUAAUAGGACAACAACCACAUAGAACGAACGCAC